AUGAUUGACACACAGGUGCUGCUUGACAAGCAUGGCCCGCGUGGCCAGCGCGGUGCCAUCGUGCUGGAGGUGGCGGCACACGACGGCUUCGGCAACGUGACGGAGGCAGGGCUGUCCCAAGCCGUGGACCACGUGCACUGGGUGGGAAGGGCGUGGCACUGCCUGGUGGUGGUGGUGGUGAGUGAUGACCCAGCCUUCCUCGCCGCCUUCGCCCACCUGUCACUCAGGCGUCACGCCCUCAGGUGGUCCACGAGGAUCCUUGUCCUCACUCGCCUUCCUCUUAGCCAUCUUGGCGGCCUGCACGGCUUUCUCUCCACCAGGAACGCCAUGCUGCUCCUCGUCUCAGACGUCGAUGAAGUCAUGAGGUUCAUUCUUAUUCACACAUUCCGCCGUAAAUCAUGGAAAAGCAUCGCCAAUGUAAUUCUUGCUGACAGAGUUGGCAUGUUCAUGAUGAUGCCUUACUCUGCGCCGGACACGCGCCCCUUCAGAGUAGCCUCAUGGGACAGUCGGAAAGGUCUCGUCCUCCUCUCGCCUCUGCCUCUCUUCCCUGAGAAGUACAAAACUCUAGUCUGUUCACAGUUGUUUUGCUUGACUCUCCUUUCAUUGGACCUGCACAGAUUCAGUCACGGGCCGGAGCUCCUGCUGGCGAUCCAGGUCAUCCCUCACCACACGAUGCGGUGGGAGGCAGACUCGAGUGUUCCCGAGGGGCGGCAACUCGUGGUUAAGGGAGCCUUAGACAACAUUGCUCGAUAUUUUUCAAGAGCUCUCAACUUUACGAUCAGGUACACGUUGGCCUCUGGAAGGAGCUUUGGCACCAAGCUUCCCAAUGGCUCGUGGAGCGGCAUGAUGGGCCUUGUGGCGAGGGAGGAAGUGGACCUUGGCGCCGCUCCCAUUGCCAUAUCUCAAACCCGAGCAGAAGCUGUGGACUUCACAAUGCCCCUCUGGACUGGAAGAGUGAGGAUUGUUAGUGGCCGUGGAGAGUUAGAGACAGACCCGUGGGGUUUCCUGCUCCCCCUCACACCCCUGGUGUGGUCAGCCACGCUCAUCUCACUGGCAGUUGUGUGCGCUGCUCUGCUGCUGCCUUCCUCUUUUCUGCCCGGCAGAGUGAUGAGCCGAGCCGACUUCCGCUCUGUGCGCGUCCUUCUGCAGCAAGGUGAGGCCUCAGGCACCAUGCUGGGCCCUCCUGCCGGGGAAUGUCUUGCGUCUUGA